UAGGGGGACCUCGGGCCGGCUGGGCUGUUUGUGCUAAAGUCACCGAAGGGGGAGUAUAAAAACAACACAAAAUGGCGAUACCCCCAGCCCACGAUUCUACGGACGUAGGAGUUCGGCUAAGCACUCUCAGUCCCAAAUAUUUACACACGAAUUCGACAAGUCACACAUGGCCGUUCAGUGCUAUCGCCGAACUCAUCGAUAAUGCUUACGAUCCUGAUGUGAAUGCAAGGCAGCUGUGGAUAGACGUUAAAAGAUACAACAAGUACAACUACUGUUUUGUGUUUACGGACAACGGGGCCGGUAUGGGUCCUGAGAAACUACAUAAAAUGCUUAGCUUUGGAUUUUGCGACAAGGUAGCGAAAAACGGGCAUAUGCCCGUUGGACACUAUGGCAAUGGUUUCAAAUCGGGAUCCAUGCGAUUAGGAAGAGACGCCAUCGUGUUUACGAAAAACGGGGGUACUAAGAGCGUUGGGUUUCUUUCUCAAACUUACUUGGAAGCCAUUAAAGCUGAAACCAUUCUUGUGCCGAUGGUUACCUGGGAUUCUGAUGGAAAAAUUGUCCAGAAAUUUGACAAAGACAAGGCAUUACAGGAUAUCCUAACACAUUCGAUGUUUAAACACAAAGAGGAACUUUUUGCUGAGUUUGCUGGAAUUCAAAAUCCCAGUGGUACACGUAUUAUUAUCUUCAAUGUUCGAACCACUUCUGAUGGCAAACCAGAAUUUGAUUUUUCAACGGCACUGGAUGACAUUAAAAUACCUGAGGACACAGACUCAGAAAUCAGUAAACUGAAAAGGCAGGAGCGGCAAAAUCACAUUCCAGAGUCAGAUUACUCUUUGAGGGCAUACUGUGCAAUUCUGUACUUGAAACCAAGGAUGCAGAUAAUACUGAGAGGCAAAAAAGUGCGCACUAUGGUAAUAACAAAGAGUCUAAGCAAGACUGAAAUGGAUUACUACCGUCCUUCUUUGAGGGAGGGGAACACACAUGCUGGAGCUUUGAAUGGGCAAAAGACUAAAAUCACAUUUGGUUUUAGUCAAAAUAGAAAUCAUUAUGGAAUAAUGAUGUACCAUCGCAACAGACUAAUCAAGCCGUAUGUCCGUGUUGGCUAUCAGUUGAAGGCUAACAACUUAGGAGUGGGAGUUGUGGGUGUAAUUGAAUGUGAUUUUCUACAACCAACUCAUAACAAACAAGAUUUUGACUACACUAAAGCUUACAGAGCCACAAUAGCAGCUUUGGGUUCCAAGCUUAAUGAUUACUGGAAUGAGAAAAAAGGCCCUCAACGUGCCAACAGCAAGGAACCUAUUCCAGAACCUGUUGAAGUCCAACAACUCCCUGACCAAAGCUGGGUUCAAUGUGACGACUGCCUGAAAUGGCGCAAGCUGCCUCAUGGCACAGACCUUGAUAAACUUCCUGACAAGUGGUACUGUAAAGACAACCCCAACCCUAAAAUUAGAUCUUGUAACACCCCAGAGGAGAAGGAAGAUGAAGUUGAACAGGCAUAUGUCAAGACACAAAAGAAACGCUUGGAAAAAGAGAUGGAGGAUAAAAAGCGAAAGGAGAAGGAAAAAAAAGCUGAAGAGGCAAGAAGAGCAGAAAUACAACAAAAAGCCUUGGAGAAAAAAGAGGCAGAGUUGCAAAGAUUAAGACAACAGCUUUCUGAAAUGGAGUCAGCAAAUGAACCGUCAAUCAUGGAGACAAUUGAAAAGAACAGCGCAAGACAACAGCAAGCCAUUAGACAGCAGGUAAAAGGAGAGCAAAAGUCACCUCAGCCAUUGAGGAUAAAGCUGAUUCAAUCACCCUCAAACAAUCUGAAGCAAUCGUCAGGGCAACCUCAGACUACACAGGUUGUUUCUCGUAACAUUCUGGUACCUAAUGGUCCCAAGUCACCAUUGAUAUUGAGACGAAACGCAAACCAACAACAGCAACAGACGUCUGUCAAGGUUGUCAAAGUUUUCUCAUCUGUUCCCUCCAACCAAUCACAAACUGUUUCUAAGCCAUUGGUGCAAAUUGUGCCAAAUCCUCAAGGACAACUUCAACAGCAGACCCCAAAAGUUGUAUCUGUACAGUCCUUACAGCAACAAGUCAAUCAAGGGCAGUCAACAGGACAACAGAGGGUUGCUAUUCAAAAUAUGGUGCUCUCAUCAGGGCAUAAAGUUCACCUGACCACACCUAUCUCCCAGCCGAGCACCUCAACUUCAUUCCAGGUGAGGGCGUUGCCUAUUCAACCCUCGCAACCUCCAAAACAGCAACAGAGUACAGGCGUAGUUACUCUGCAGACAACACCAGCAUCGCAUAACCAGCUUCCUCAGAAAAACAGUACUCCCUUGAGAUCGCCUGCCAUGUCAACAAGUUACAAACCUUUAGAGUCAUUACAGGAAGUGAACCGACAAGCAACACAAGCUUCAGUGGUAUCACCAGUGUCUGCAGUUAUUCCAGAGGUCAGUCCCCCGACAAAACAGUCACCUACUGAACUCAGAAAUCACGUGACGAUGCAAGACAGAUAUCGAUACAUUGCGCCCUCACCACAGACUCAGGUAGCAUCUGUACCAGUGUCAUCUGCUGCUGCUGGCGUGGUGGCUCAGUCUGUUCAGCCACCAGUAGUUAAACCCUCAGUCAAAGUUGGUGCUCAAUCUGUUGCGUCUACUGCCAAUCAAGUAUUGCAGGUCCAAAUUAAACAGGAACCAAAACCAGCGGUCCCUGUAAGCACCAUGUCAUCAGGGCCCAGUAUUCAGAUAUCUCAGGUGUAUUCUGGAGCCCCAGCAGUAGGUGCAUCUACAGGUCUUACUGUGAAAGUAAAAACCGAGAAAGCCGACAGUCCUUUAGUGAAUGGGAACAAGAGAGCGCAUGACAGCGACGAUGACGUCAUCGAACAACCAGUGCCGCAGAAACCACGCAUGGAGAAGGAAAUUAUUUUCAUCGACUCUCCGCCCUCGGCCCCUCCCCCAGAGGAAAAGCCUGUGGAGGGACUAUCCGACAGUAACGGAGCGGCUGUAGAAGGCGUCGAUGAUGACUUGAUCGUCAAGUUCAGUAAACUGAAUAAAGAAGAACAGUGGAUCAAACUGGCGCAAUCCGCGCAACAGCUCAGAAACCUUCGCGAUAAUGUGUGCAAACUGUUGAGGGUUCUUGUACCAGAAAUAGAACUGGGAGACAAAUCGGAAAUUCUGGACGAUACUACUAUAGAUAAUCUUUUAAAGCAAGUUCUUGAGGCAAAUGUGAGCCCAGAUGCUGCACAGGGCACAUGAGGCCUACCCCGAAUGCCACUUAGCUUAGGAACAAAUUUUUUAUUUCCACUUUUUUUACUGACUCAAGAUAAAUCUACCGAUACUUUUAACGGUAAGCCGGCGUUUUUUAUUUGAAAAUACCAUUGUCAAUAGUGUUGCAAAGCAACCAAGUAUGUCAUGUAUCAUUCUUAAUUCAAUUCUGUCUCCGAAAAUGUGGUCGCUUAAUUUAAAUGGACGAGAGGACCGUGCGAGCAACAGAAAAGUUGACAGUAACUGAAGUUUUGGUAUGUGAUGAUUGACGUCGUCGUCACGCGUUCGCAAUCAGACUUACUAGUGAGGUUUCUUUUAAUAAAUUCGU